AUGGAGUCCUACAAAGCCACUUACUCCCACCACAUAAAUCCUUUACCUGGCCAACAAUUAUGGGAAAGUUCUGAGGCCAACAGACCUUUGGCACCUUUGGUUAAGAGGAAACCUGAACAGCUCCAAACCAAGAGAAGGAAGGAUACGGAUGAGGGGGGUCAGUCUAGCAAGAAAUCAAAGCCAACCACCACUCUGAAGAGACAGCUACGACCAUUCACUUGCAAGCAUUGCUUGCAGAAAGGUCAUACAAAAAGAGGGUGUGAGAAGAAGAAGGAUGCUGAAGCUGCAGAGGCUGAGAAGAAGAAAGCUGCGGAGGCUGCUGCUAAAGACCCUAAGGCUGCUACUCAUAAUGUCACUGCAACUGCCUCUGCGUCAGCUACAACAACUACUUCCAAUGCACCUCAAGCUGCAAGUGCCUCUGCUACUGCUACAGGCUUUGAAACUGCAACAGCGUCUGCUACUGCUACUGCUACUGCAUCUGCCCCUGCUCCUGCCACUCUUGUGGAUGUGGAUGUCCAGCAGGCUGAGAUUGAUUUGUCUCAGCCCUCAUACUCUGAAGAUGAAAACUCCCAAAAGGAGCAUGAACAAAAGAGGAAGACACCUACAAGAUCUGGAAAACUGCCACUUAGAAGAAGGUCACCUACUCCAAUAGAGGGAGCUAGUAAGGCAAAUGCAGCAAGGCUGGCCAACUUCCUCAAGUUUGUGCCCACUCCAGGGUUUAAACCACCAAAAAAGAAGUGA